UGCUCACCUCUGGCAACUCUUCUUCAUUCCUUUUCUUUUCGUUGCGUUUCCGGAGAGGUCGUAAUUAGGCAAUUUUGUGUUUUAACUCUAGACACGUGCCUGAUUUUUUUAAAUUUUGCCAUUUUUUUAGAGUUGCUGAUCGACGACCGGACUUAUCAGAAUGGCACCUAGAAAGGCUAAAGUUCAGAAGGAGGAGGUGCAAGUCCAGUUGGGACCCCAAGUUCGAGAUGGCGAGAUCGUUUUCGGAGUCGCCCACAUAUACGCCAGCUUCAACGAUACCUUCGUUCAUGUUACAGAUCUCUCCGGCCGUGAAACAAUUGCUCGUGUCACCGGGGGCAUGAAGGUGAAGGCCGAUCGUGAUGAGGCUUCGCCCUACGCCGCUAUGUUGGCCGCCCAGGACGUGGCUGAGAAAUGCAAGUUGCUGGGAAUCACCGCUCUGAACAUCAAGCUCCGUGCCACUGGUGGCAACAAGACCAAAACCCCCGGACCCGGUGCCCAGUCUGCUCUGCGUGCUCUGGCACGUUCGUCCAUGAAGAUUGGCCGUAUUGAAGAUGUUACCCCCAUCCCAUCGGAUUCUACCCGAAGGAAGGGAGGUCGCCGUGGUCGUCGUCUGUAAAAAUAUGGGCUAAUAUUUUCUGACGCUGCGUUUUUUUUUAUACUAUGAAAUAUUAAUGUAGAAAUAAAAAAAUGUAAAUGCA